CUAUAAUGACGUUAUAAGUACUUCCGCUUAGUUUUGCCCUUUUACCUCAUGUCGUAAGCGGAAGUACACAUACGCAGAAACUCGGAGCUUGAGUGAGCGACAUUUGUCCAGUGCAAGAUGGAUACGCUAAUAUUGGAGCCCUCUCUGUACACUGUAAAAGCGGUUCUGAUCAUGGACAAUGAUGGAGAGAGACUGUAUGCCAAGUAUUAUGAUGACACGUAUCCCACAGUGAAAGAGCAGAAAGCCUUUGAGAAGAACAUCUUUAACAAGACACACAGAACAGACAGUGAAAUCGCUCUGCUGGAGGGUCUAACAGUUGUGUACAAGAGCAAUAUUGAUUUAUAUUUCUAUGUCAUCGGCAGCUCCCAUGAAAACGAGUUGAUGCUUAUGUCAGUGUUGAAUUGUCUCUUUGAUUCCCUGAGCCAAAUGUUGAGGAAAAAUGUGGAAAAGAGAGCCCUGCUUGAAAAUAUGGAGGGUCUUUUCCUGGCCGUUGAUGAGAUUGUUGAUGGAGGUGUGAUCCUGGAGAGCGACCCACAACAGGUGGUUCACCGUGUCGCUCUGAGGGGCGAUGACGUGCCUCUGACAGAACAGACAGUCACUCAGGUGCUACAGUCAGCUAAGGAGCAGAUCAAAUGGUCACUUCUCCGAUAGGACACUUUUGAUCCCAUUCCUGAACUGAGACGAGGAGAACAAAUACAAUUUGACCACUUUUCAUCACUACUGUCCUAUCUGUCCAUUUUUCCUUGAGUGUUUCUUGACUGUUAAAGUGCACAUCCACGACUAGUGUUUCUCUCACUCGAAGAUAAGACCAGAAAUAUGAGCAUUUCAAAAGAAUGUCAAGGCAAAAGGAAAAAGCUGGGAUAUUGUCUUGGCGGGACUUUCUUUUUAGGGAAAAGUACCGGGGUGUUCCAGUAAGCGCUUGAAUAUAUGGCUGGUUUUGUGAAUGAUAUCACUGUUGUACUGCGAGAUAUUCAUUACGAUUCAUGUACAUUCCAGUGGUUGAUCUUGUUCUCUGUUCUUGUUUUGAUUGAAGUAAAGAAACAGUUUCAUCCUA